AUGGCCGUAGCGAGCCCGUCGUCGUCGUUUCAGGAUCUGAGGGCAGCAACUGUCUUAAGUGGACAUCGGAUACCACGAAAGCCACCCCCUGUGAUUGACCAGUUUGAGAGGUACCCGUCUCCAGACCCAUCGGACCCGUUUGCACCGUUGUGGGUUCUGCGAAACAGGACUUCGAGCGGGCUGCCUGGUACCCAUUCUCCUUUUUCGCCAGGUUCUGGUCCCUACGGAAGUCUUGAGAGCUUGAGUAAUCUGGGCGAGCGCAGGUACUCGAGCUCAUACUUGGAAUACUCUCCGCCUAGUAGUGCUACCACCCAGAGCCGUCCUCACACGAGCUACAACGCGAUAUCUCCUCCAGGAUCACCUCUCAAAGCCGUCUCGCCAAAGCACAAGGCAACUAAAAAGGCUGCCCACUAUACUCCUUAUUCACAGAUAAACCAAAAAGGCGGGAAUCCAGUGGGGAGUCUACAGGCGUUUCCCCGGAUCGCGACACCUUGCCAAUCACGCACCGAUAUCGACCUUGCAUCUCCAAAAUCGAAACGACCCUGGCCACCUAGAAACGACACUCUCGGACGUUCGUCUCAGUUACGCCAUGAUGUGCAUGCGAAUGAUCGUGAUGAUAACUGCUCGAGUGAGAGCGAGACAGACGAAGACGAUGCAUAUAUCAAACCAUUGUUCAAGUUGAAGUCCCCCAUCUUCCUUCGGCCGAGCACGCCGCAGCUGUACUCUCAGACGAAGCCAAAAAGUAAUGCGACGCAUCAGCGUGCUCAAUCCGUCCAGACGAACGGCUCACAGAAACUCAGCCCUCAGACACGCUUGGCGAGAAUAUUUUUGCCCAGGAAGUUCAGCUUCCUGCACCAUGAUAGCGUAGCCCCUGCCGGUAGUAGACGCCCUAGCACCGCGGAUUCACGGACAGUCUCCAAGUCAGCUAUUUCGGCGCCUCAGGCAAUGGUGUCUACUGCAACGUUGGAUCAUUCCAGAAACAAAUCUCAUCCGAGUCGUGGGCGAGCCUCCACGAUUUCCAUCAGGUCGGAAGUUAAUGAAAUGAAAGGCACAGACAUGGUCGAUAUCCAUGAGCAUCACGAAACAAAGUUGAGCCAGAAGCAAACGGAAAUGAGAAAUACGGACGAGACGAGGUCAACCAUCAUCAAUGAUUGCGGUGGUAGCUCAUUCAAGCACCUAAAGAGAGUCCUAUAUCCUUUAACCGUCACCGAGUUGUCUGAUAAACCUGAUUCCGAUGAUCGUCACCGUCUAAGUCUUUCGUUAGACAUAGAUGUCAUCGCCUCGAGUACCAACUCUAAAAGGAGGAGCAGCACGACUGUUUGUCAAGUUCUGAACAUGGCGAGUCCCCAAACCCCAACCGGCAAGUACAGUAGUCGACGCGAUGGGCCUAGCGAUACAUAUCUACCUCAGGAAUCUCAAAUCCCACUGUCACCAUCCAUGACAGUUGUUGAACCAUUUCUGUCCUCGGCAUCAAACAUGUCCAAUGCCAACUUUUCUAUAUCAGCGCCGUCUUUUGCUACAAAUAUGUUAGAUGACGACCACAAAUUCACUGAUCCUCGUCCUGCCCCACGUCCUCCGAUGUUCUCAGUGAAACCACUGCUUCUCUCUCAGAAGAGGUCAAAGGGCAACAAGCAGCAGCGAGACCUCACGACCGACCCCACCACUCCCACUGUCCCAGUUUCCUCGACGAGUGCAAAAUGCGCAAUCCCACCGUCUGGUAUUUUAUUCCCUACUGAAUGGACCCUUCCGACUCCCCCACAGAUCACGUUCGCGGCGUCACUCCCACUCACCUGUGAAGACGGAACACACGUCACCUUUGGCUCACUCUUCGCGUCGACGCGCACCAUCGUCGUGUUCAUUCGCCAUUUCUGGUGUCCCCUCUGCCAGGACUACAUGACCUCUUUGAAAUCUCUUGUUCGUCCAGAGAUGCUCGCCGAGUGGCCGGCGGGAUCGAGCGCGGAAGCGGAGGACCUCCGCGAGCGUCUGGUCAAGUUCGUUGUCAUCAGCAAUGGCGCACACGGGAUGAUACCCAAGUACAGGCAGAUGUUCGGACUGCCGUUCCAAGUGUAUACCGAUCCCAAGCUUGCGGUGUACCAUGCGUUGGGGAUGGGCAAAGAUGGGCAGGACUGCCAUCACACCCAUCAGAAUCACAGGUUUUAUCAGUAUCAGCAGCAUCAGGUGAGGCAGAAGCAGAGUCUGGGACCUAGCCCCACGAUAGGUGCUACGGAGGGUGAUGCUGAUGGAAAAGAGGAGAACAAGGGUGGCUCGGCGAAAACGAAGCGUAAAUCGGGUGGGUAUGUGAAGCACAGCACGAUGGGAGGAAUUGCGAUGGUCGUCGCACGCGCUAUCAAGUUCGGUAUGCCUGUUUGGGAGAAGGGUGGAAAUGUAGAUCAACUGGGAGGUGAAUUCAUCUUUGGGCCUGGAUUGACCUGCUCAUUCGCCCAUCGUAUGCAAACGACAAAGGGGCAUGCUCCAAUUGAAGAUGUGUUGACAGCUGCAGGUAUUGAUGUAUCGAGGCUUUCGCGGGGAGAUGAACCUCCCUUCGAUUCCACGAGUCUGAGUUCUAACACGGAGAGCAUCGGACCUGAUCAUCUGAGGUCAGAUGGGGAUUUACCAAUUCCCCCUCGUCUCACGCCGUUGCGGCAUCAACAGCACCGACGUCGCAUCUCGAGCUUGAGAACAUUGAAGGAAUCGUUGGCCCUCAAUCGAGCCACCAGCACUGCCAGUGCGCUGUCCGCCAAAAUCGCGCGCAAAGCCUCCAUCAACAAUGGAAAUAUGGACAACGAAGGUGUACAUUCAAGACGUCAAACUCACCGCUAUUCGGUCGGCGUCAACAUGGGGGUGAAUUUUGUGAGCAACGCGGGGAUAAUGAGUCGAGAAGAGGAGGAGCGGUGGAUGGUGCAGAGACAGAUCAGCAUGGAGAAAAUGCGGGAGAGGAAGAUGCUACGCAGAAUGCUUGGGAGAGCAGCGAGCGCGCAGGGUUACGUUGCGGAUGUAAGCGUAGCGUCGUCCGCGGCGUCGUCUGUAAUCGAUGUAAAAAUGGGGAGAAGAGAUAGAUUGAAGGUGGAAGACGCGGAGAAAGUCGCUGUUGCGAACAAGAAAGCGCGCGACGAGCUGGAGGAUAUGGAGGUGAUGGGGAAAAUGGAUGAGGACUUGGGAUUGGAUUCGGACACGGACAAGGAGCGAGAAACGUCGGACGCGCCAGGGGAGAUCGGGCCAGUGAAAGUCGACAAUAGGCUGGGACGACGAAGGACUAUGGACUCAUUCAGCGAUACCGCCAGUAUGUGGAGUCGAGACACCGCACCCCCACCCGAAGGGGGAAGUUACGUGUUCUUCCACGACGUGGUCCUAUAA